AUGCGGGAGCGGACUGCAUCCAACCACUGCCCAAAUUCAGAGCAAUGGAAGAAAAGAACAGGAAAAAUUGAAUUGAAUGAAACCCAAAAACAAGAAAUUAAAGAGGCCUUUGAUUUAUUUGAUGUUGAUGGGUCUGGAACCAUAGAUGUGAAAGAAUUGAAGAUUGCAAUGCAGGCCUUAGGAUUUGUACCAAAGAAAGAAGAAAUUAAAAAAAUGAUAGCUGAAAUCGACAAAGAAGGAACUGGCACCAUUAAUUUUGAAGAUUUUUUUGCCAUUAUGAGUGUAAAAAUGAGUGAAAAAGAUGAAAAAGAAGAGAUAUUGAAGACUUUCAAAUUAUUUGAUGAUGAUGAUACUGGAAGCAUAACACUAAACAAUAUCAAGAGGGUUGCUAAGGAACUAGGGGAAAAUUUAACAGAUGGUGAACUUCAGGAAAUGCUUGAUGAAGCUGAUCAUGAUGGGGAUGGAGAAAUAAAUGAGGAAGAAUUCUUGAGAAUGAUGAAAAAGACCACUCUUUAUUAA